AUGAAUGAUGAUAGCUGUGAUAGCAGUUUUGGUGAUGAUCACUUCAAUACGGAUAAGACAUUUGAAAGACGUUACACAAACAAGAAGAAAAUAAAGGAAUACCUGCAGAAAUGGAAAGGAUACAGCUGCAUGAAUGAUGUUUCAAAGCUUGAAGACUUGGAGUACGAUUCCAUAGUACUAGAUUAUAAUGUUCAAAAGAAAAACAAGGAUGCAACCAGUUCAAAAUUACAGAAGUCACAGUUAGGCGCAUCUGGUUCAAGCUAUGUCAAAAGAUCUACUUACACUAUUCCAUGUAAUUAUCUUGCGGAUAAGGCUAAGCCUAUCCAUCGUAAAACCAAGGAAAUCAAACAACCCGUUUAUCCAAAAAAAACGGUGGAUAAGAAGAAUGGUUCUGAUACUUCAAACGAAGUUCUAGCGUCAAAUGGAAGUGGAAUAGAGAAAGAAUGUGUUCAUGAGUCAGUCGUGCCAACUUCUGUAAUGGUAAGUUUAUGUCAGCUCUGCUUGGGCGAAAAAAAUGAGACAUCAAAUAAAUGA